UUUUCCCUGAAACCCGCGGUUUCCAAAAAUAACACUCGGGGGAGUACAGACUUGUAGCAGGCCUAGUAUUGUCAGUAACAAUAACUAGGCCUGUUUUUUAACUAAGAGUGACCGUCUGGAAGGUCGUGACGCUUUGCCAACACUCCGCUAACCUCGUCUAAGAAUGCGGCUUUUCAGGUGAAGCGAGUAACUAAAGCAAAAGCUGAGUUCAGUGGGUGUGUUUGCAGUAGCAUUAGCAUAGGAGUUAGCAGCCAGAAAUCUCAGCGCAGACUCCGUUACCUUGUCAACUAACACCAACUGAAACUACCUCCUAACAACGAGGAAAUACAAGCCGCCAUACUCAGGUUGAUGUGGGUGUAAAGGCUACUUCACCAGCUGCUCGGGUGUCCAUUAAAACCGCCUCAGUUUGUUGACUUUCCACCACAGAUGAUGAAAAGCAAUGUCGACUGAUAUUAGAUCAUACAUGAGCUUGGGAGACAAAGGACAUACCAUUUGUGUGCCACCCGACAUCUCCUGCGACCAGCUGAAGGAUGAUUUCCUGAAUAAGUCCUUCCCAGGUACUCGGACACCGAGCAACAGCAAAAGUUUUGUUGCUUUGCAACAUCGCGAUUAUCCUGAUUUCAUUGCAGGUGAGCCUUUGGAUGUUUGCACUACAGUGGCAACAAAAAAACAUUGUUUACUUCCUGGCUCCCAAGUUUCUGUUGACUCCUUUUCAAAUUCUUCCACUGAAUCUGAGGAAAGCUUCAUCAGUCUCGUUAUUUCUGGAGACUUUGCUCUAUCAGGACAUCCAUCUGCCAUCAACCCUAACAAAGUUGUUCUUGUUGUCUCCCACAAAACAACUCAGAUUUUAUCAGCGAAUGACCAGGCGCCCAAACUGUUUGAAUGCUCCACUGAGGAUCUGGUUGGAAAGAAGUUGUCUUCUGUCUUAAAGAAAACAACUCAAGUUUUGGAAAAAUCGCUGGAAGAAGAUUAUCAGCUUGCAGAUGGAACUGUUGCUAUUGUGUCUGGAAAAGUGGUGGAUGCUGUGACAUUAUCUGGAGAGGUACCAGUAUCGGUGUGUACCCACAGGCAGUCAGAAAAUGAAGACCACCGGCUUGUCAUGAUGGAAUGUGUAGAGAGGAUAUCCUCCUUUGUGUCCUUCUCCCAAGACGGCUUGAUACUAAGCUGUGACUUGGCGUUUGCUUGUCUCCAUGGAUAUCACAACCCUGAGGAGCUGAAAGGAGUGUCUGUAAAGGAGCUUAUCCCAUCUUUACAAAUCCCCGUCUACAGUCAUGCAUUGCCCAAAAUGCUGAGGGUUCAGAAGGUGUGUGGGAAAAGCACAGGAGGUGCAUCUGUCCCUCUCUAUGUGAAACUCCAGGGGGCUGCGCUGUGUGGAAAACCCCAGUACCACCACAACAACGGCGGCACCUUGUCAAGAGACGGCUCCCGUCUCAUUUCUCCUGUGAGCAACAUGAGACUUUCAGAUCAUAGUAACGUUGAAGAAGCUCUAACUAAAGAGCAGUCUCCAGAAGACGGAUUUGACCACACCGUCUCCUCUCCCACACCAACGGCAGAAUACUCUGCAACUGUCUGGGCGUUCGCUCCGUUGAGCGGUCUUCUGCUCCUGUGGCCAGAUGGCUCAAUCUUCAGCAUUCACAACCAUCUGGCCCUCAGAUUGUUUGGGUACAGCAAGGACGAGCUUCUAGGAAAGAGUGCUGCUUUUCUGAUGCCCGGUUUCUAUGAAUGGAUGACUGGCGCGAGGAAAAAGGCUGGCGCUGUUUCUGACACUCGCGUAGAGCUGGACAAAAGUCCAGCUGUGUCCAAAAUAUCAGAAAAUGAUG